GUACCAUACGCUGUAUCUGGCAUCUCGUAUUGUGCGAGAUAAAAGUGCAUAACACAAUAUCAUAUGUAACGAGUUAUCAUUUCAAAGUUGUUUUGAUACUUGUAUCUGUUCGGUGACAUAUCAUAAGCUCGGGUUUUUUUCGUAUCACAUCGCAAGACAAUUUUCGCUUCUUCCGGAAACUCAAGGGGAUUCGAACCUGGAAUCUUCUGAUCCGUAGUCAGACGCGUUAUCCGUUGCGCCACAGGACCACACAAAGAACGAGAAGUUUAUAAGAGAAGAAUAUAUAUUAGAAAAACAUCUAUUCGUGAUAAAUGUAUGCGGAAACAUGGAUAUUCGUGAUAAUUUACGUGACUUGUAUUCAAAACGUCACCGGAGAAAACAGUUCCAAACGUGGUUUGUGCAACGGUUACAAAUCCGGCGAGGACGAUCUUCAAACGUUCGAUUUUAUCAGCAAGUUGAAACUGAAUCUGCUAGAUCUCCAUUACAGCGGCAUGACGAAAGUCCGAGGCAGCAAUCGCAUGCAAACGGCGUAUCGGCUGGAGAAAGACACUGAUGUCACUCUCUUGAUGAAGAAUAUCACAUCCAAUGGUUUUCCAGAGGAAUUUACGCUGGUGUACACGUUAAAAGCCAGAAAAUCACCGAGAUAUCCUUGGAACAUUAUCAGAAUCGUGGACGCAAAAGGUGCUGCCCAAUUUCUAAUCACGAUGAAUCCCAGGAAACAGACCUUGGAAAUCUCGUUACUCGAUCACGAAGAGAUUUUACAGACUGUUUCUUUCAUGAACGAUCGCGUGUUUGACAAGGGCUGGCACAAAAUAAAUCUUGGAAUAUUCAAGGAUAAGCUAGUGCUUAACGUUGACUGCAUACACGUUGGCACGGAAAAGUUGAAACCGCGCAACCCUAUUAAGGUCGACGGAGAAAUAUCGAUAGCAAAAAUGAACAAUAGUAAAAUCACCGUGCCGGUCGACGUGCAAUGGAUGGUUCUGAACUGCGAUCCCACGAGAGUAGAGAGAGAAACAUGCGAGGAGUUACCGAAAACCUUAGGUGCUCCUCUUCCGCAAAUAAAACCUGCCUGUCAGAUUUGCCCGCAGGGUCCGCAGGGAUUUAAUGGUACAAACGGAUUGCCCGGUCCGCCUGGACCGAUUGGAAAACCAGGACCGAUCGGUGCAACGGGUCCGCCCGGACUUCCGGGACAACCUGGUGAACACGGAAGAACGGGAGCUCCAGGUAAUCUUGGUAGUAGAGGUUUUCCAGGAUUGCAAGGUCCCAAAGGAUCGAUCGGAUCACCAGGAUCGCCCGGACAAAAGGGCGAUCGCGGUGAAAGAGGUGAUAUGGGUUUUCCGGGUCUAAAAGGAGAUCAAGGUCCUCGUGGUUUUCCGGGUCCACCGGGAGGUGUAAGUAAUAUAAACGACGUCUUACCGCGUUUGACAGGUCCUCCUGGACCACCAGGCAAUAAAGGUGACAAAGGUGAACGAGGACAGGAUGGUAUUCCGGGACAAAAAGGUGAACGGGGAGAUCCAGGAACUCAUGGUCAAAACGGUGCGCUAGGUUUUCCUGGUCCUCCAGGACCACCCGGUCUUCCUGGGCCAAAAGGAAACGACGUGUUUGUAAAUAUUCCUACCGUUCCAGGACCACCAGGUCCUCGUGGCGUAACAGGACCAGCUGGUCCGCCAGGACCGCCAGGUCCUCCUGGUUUUCCAGGCCCGAAGGGUGACGCUGGAGAACGCGGUCUUGACGGUACACCGGGAUUGGCGUAUAACAAUAUAGGCUCACUUGGUCUUGAAGGACCUGUCGGUUCUCCUGGUGAAGAUGGUAUUCCAGGUGAAAAAGGAGAAGCUGGACCAAUAGGUCCCCCAGGACUACCCGGAAUUCCAGGAAAUGACGGAUCUCCAGGAUUACAAGGAUUACAAGGAUUACCAGGGGAACCGGGUCCCCCAGGACCUCGAGGUUUAGAAGGACCUGCGGGAAAACCGGGACUGCCGGGAUUUGAUGGAAAACGAGGUCAGGAAGGAAGUAAGGGCCAGAAGGGUGAACAAGGGAUUGUUGGGCCUCCAGGAUUGCCAGGAAAUUUGGGUCCAAUAGGAUCGCCAGGUGCCUCAGGUGUACCGGGAUUAGAAGGAAGACCUGGUCUACCCGGACUUCCGGGACCACCAGGGCCACCAGGAUCACCAGGAUCGCCGGGUUCUCCUGGUCUUUCGUCGAACAACAGCUUUGUUAACGUCAAUAACCCCGGUCCCGAAGGUCCCAGAGGUUCUCCGGGUCCUCCAGGACCUCCAGGAAUACAAGGUGAAAAAGGAAUUCCUGGAGAACGAGGACCAGAAGGUCAGGUAGGAAUACCAGGAAUGCCAGGUAAAGACGGGAUACCUGGGUUGCAAGGACCUCCCGGAAACAGAGGUCAAACGGGACUACCAGGACUUCAAGGACCGCCAGGUCACAGUAUUAGCGAAGAGGAGAUUCGUGAUAUUUGCGCCAGCGUGUUAAGAGAACAGAUGACCGAAAUGGUAACAAUGAUGCAAGGUCCGCCUGGUCCGCCUGGUCGAGGUCGUCCAGGCCGUCCUGGAUUACCUGGUCCUCAGGGUCACCCAGGCGAUCCAGGACCGCCGGGUUUGCCGGGCGAACGUGGGUUCGUUGGUUUGCCUGGUCCGCAGGGUCCUGUCGGACCGGUAGGACCAUCUGGUGAGCGAGGAGAAAAAGGCGAUCGAGGUCCCGAAGGGAUCGGUAUAGAAGGUCCGCCUGGUCCGCAAGGUUUACCAGGACCUCCAGGUAACGACGGUAUCGGUCUACCUGGCAGACAAGGAGACAGAGGUGAACCGGGCAGACCAGGUACUCCCGGAGUAAGAGGACCACCGGGAGUCCAGGGACCACCAGGAUUUUGCGAAUUUUGUAAUUACCCAAACAGUAAUUACAUACAGUUCAGUCGUGGCAAUGAGAAAGGUCCUUGAUCCAACGAUAUAUAGAACAGAUGUAUUAAAAUAUUGAUUUUAUGUAUUUUUUUUUACGCAAAUAUAUUUAUAGUUUCAA